GGCAAGGGAGUGGCCCCUUUCUUCCCACUUCUGUCUGCAGGACCCCAGAGAGCAGUUGCAGCACACAGCUCGAAGAUCAGCAUCAUGCCUGGAAUUACUUGCACCAACCUGCGUAUCGCCCCUGGGCAGCGGAUUGCUGUGAAAGGAGACAUUCCGGCAGGAGCCAAGAGUUUUGUAAUUAAUCUGGGCAAAAAGGACGACGACAUCACGAUGCACUUCAACCCACGCUUUGAUGCUCACGGUGACAUAAGGACCAUUGUGUGUAACAGCAAGACCGGCGGACAGUGGGGGAAAGAACACAGGGAGAGCAACUUCCCUUUCCAGGAGGGAAGCGUUGCAGAGAUCAUUUUCUCUCACGACAAAAACGAGGUGACUGUUACGCUGCCCGGCAACCAACAAUUCAAGGUUCCCAACAGCUCUGGCCAUGAAGGCAUCGAAUAUAUCUGCGUAGACGGGGACAUCGUAUUCAAGGGCGUAUCCCUUGUUUAACUGUCCUGGUCCUCUCCUAGUUGCAUUUCCUGCUUCACAAGGCAGAAAAAUAAACUCAGCUGCAUUCUGGUCUUA